UGGCACGAAUCAGGCAUUUACGAUCUACCGGCGAUGAUCAAUUAUAUCGUGCAAACGAAACAGAGCUUAUUAAGGGCCUACAUCGGAUACUCGAUGGGUACAACAGCUUUCUUUGUCUUAUCUAGCGAGCGACCGCAGGUAACACGAAUGGUGCAAUCGGCGUACCUCUUAGCCCCGAUUGCAUACUUGCAAUACCAGAAAUCUCCCGUGUUGCAACAUUUAUCCUUAGCCAAAGACCCCUUGAAGACUACAUUUGAUAUCCUCUCACAUGGCGAGUUCUUACAGGACGAUGUUGUUCUUAGGAAGUUUAUGAAAUACAUCUGUUCUUUCAAUAUUCUGGAAGAAAAAAUUUGCUCUAAUGUGUUUUUCUCCAUAGUUGGAUUCGACAAUAAAGAAUUUGAUUACAAAUUAAUGCCUAAGUUGGUGAACUACUUACCGGCUGGUGGAUCUAUCAAGCAAAUCGUGCAUUACGCCCAGUCGAUCCAAUACGGUUACUUUAGACAAUACGACUACGGUAGAUACAAAAAUCUGAAGAUUUACAAUAGCAUCGAACCACCGAAGUAUAAUAUAUCAAGGAUCAUAACACCGAUCGCCAUGUUCUGGGGCGAGAACGAUUGGCUUUCUACCCCUAAAGAUGUCACGAGAUUCGUUAAAAAGCUACCUCAUAAACCAAUUUUCUACACAGUGCCAUACAAGAAAUUUAAUCACCUUGACUUUUUGGUGGCUAAGGAUGUUCGAGAACUGGUCUUCGAUAAACUAAUUGAUAUAUUAACUAACAAUAAGUUAAACUUACACUUAGAGACUUAAGCGUUUCUUAAAACCUUGCAGUACUUUAACGAGUCAGACUCGUGAUAACAAUUUUUAGUCCAAACAUGGAUAUCACGAGUCAGAUUCGUGAAAACAAAUACGGGCCAAAAGUAAACAUGACGAGUGAGACUCGCUCGCAAUUAAGUGCGGGCCAAGCAUAAGCGCUAUCCGUUUAGCGCGCAUCGUCCCCAACCGCAUGGACACGGAUUUCGUUGAGCUAAAAGCUAAAUGGUACGGCAAAGGGUUAAACAUUAGAAUAAUCAAGAGGCUGUAUUUAUCUAAUGAAAAAUAUAAUGAGCAUCACGAACUCCCAUUCCAAUUCCAUUCGCCAUGGAAUUUCGAUUACUUCCGUUAAAGUGAAGCAAAGUAAAUUGAGCAAAGAGGACUCCAUCGAAAUAUCAAAAACCAAUUUCGUAAUAAUGUUCUCUCUGUUUGUUCAUUGGACCCUGUAUACGCUUUCAUUGUCAUUCGAAACGGACGUACCAUUUCUACGUAAAAACAAGGUCGACACAAAAAACCGUCUGUGGAAGGUGCGGUCAUGUCGUCAAGGCAUUUCCACACUGUUUAGCAUUGAGCUCUAUACAUAUAGAGACAUAUUUAGAGAGAAUCUGUGAAUCAAUGCCGACAGGUUUUGUUAAUGAUUGUGUAAUGGAGAUACACCGGUAGCAUCUGAGGGUAUUCCUCAGGGAUAUUCCAAGGAUGUGAGUAUACAUACACGAUUCAGAUUCGUAAUUUAUUAUUUCUCGUCUCCGUUCCAUCGGUAGCAAUAUGUAAUCUUAACAAAUCACCGGAAGGAAAAACAAAUAGUCAAUAUUGAAUGAAUUGGAACGAGCCGAACAUGGGACAGACCAUAGGUAAAUAGUAGCGUCUCAUCCUCCGCGUCGGUUUUAUCGCGGCAGGAGUCGCGAGACCCGCACGUGCGCCCGCGGUCAACAUGAUGAAUCGCCAGGGUGCGUAUAAUUUUUCCCUCGUGUGGGCACCGGCCCUCACUCUCUCGACCGUGCUGACCGCAGCACGCAUGCGCGCCCUGCGUCGCUAACCGUCUUCUGUAAAGACGCAGAUAAGCGUCUGAGACACAGAGCCUUGACGAACCGUCCAGACACAAAGCGUGUUCCGGUAAACGCCAUUACGGCGAUCGAUUGAUUGCAAGUGCAAGUGACCAAUAAAUAGCAGUUAGUUCACAUCCAACGUCGUUCAAUCCUUUCUACAACGAUCCCGAUCCUGAGUAGAGGUUGUGGGGCUACAACAGGAUCAAGAAGACGAAGGUCUCCGAGCACGUGGCUAACCCAGCCAUCGGUGCGACCCCACACUCGGCCGGAAAGUGAGGACGACACGACCAUGGUGGGGACUGGUACUUGAUGGGGGUAUGCUAGGCAUGGUCAGCGAAG